CCAGUUUUGAUGAUAAUUUAUUCUAGUUCUUCCGAGUUUGGUGAAGUAGGUAACUGUUCGUUGUCAAGACUGUUUGUUCCAUUUUAUCAGUUAUAUCAUAAUUAAUACUAAAUCAACUACUAGGAAAUGAAUAUAGGACAAUACAUUAUGUCUAAAAUGCCAGCUGAUGAAAAUGAUAAUGAGCCGAGUGGAAUUAGUAAAUCAGAAGCUGGAGGUAUCGAUACACUUGAACAAAAACUAGAUGGAAUUCUGGAUAACCAAGUUGUUUUGUUAAAAAGGAUUGAGAAACUUGAAUUAAUGUUCAAUGAGGUUUUGAAUCUGAACAGAUUUCUUGAAGAAGAUGAAAAUAUGACAUUAGAACCAUUCGAACCGAUUGAUGAUGUUGAAGAACUAAUCAAACUCGAAGAAAUAUUGAAAGAUAAAGUAGUAUUUGACAAAUAUGUUGAUAGUUUGAGGAAUAUUUGUUUAGAAAUAAACAACGCUAUAGAUAAUUGCUACUUGUUGGUAGAUUGGUUCUUCACAAGAAAAUUCAUGACGAAAUGUUCAUGGUCCGGUGCCUCGAGACAACAAAAUGUCAAAAAAAUACCUUUGAGAACUUAUGAAAAUGUAAUUGAACUAUUUUUCCAAAUUAUUCGUCUAGAAAACAACACCUUCACAAUGAACGAUUGUAAAAUUUUUUUCUUGACUGUCUUGAAGAAUGCAUAUAGAAGAAACAACGAUGGUUAUCCACCAAUUCGACAAUCAAAGACAAAAAAUAUGAUAUCUCGUUGUAAAACUACGAAAGUGGUAAAUACACAAGAAGAAGAAGAAGAAGAAGAAUCAGAGAAAGAGUGAAGGUGUUUUGAUGAAGCUGCACGUUAUUUUCAGUGUGAAGUUCCACUUCAGGAGGGCAGUAACAAAUCUACAAUUACUGUGAAUUAUUUUUAUUAAAUUUAUGACGAUUAU